AAUCGAUCAAACCUCGAUGUUUAAUAUUAUUCUAUAAUUCUACACAUGAGCCAUUGGGUGUUUGCAAGUAUUUCCGUCUAGUUGUCGAUUUUUUUAAACAAUUUGGAAAUAUUUAAUACUUUUCGAAGGCGGCCAAACGUAUUAAUCAUCAUGGACAUUGCUACAUCGACGGAUAUCAUGAUAAUUAGCGGAAAUUCGCACCUCGAAUUAGCCAAUUUGGUCGCUCGUCGACUUGGUGUAAAACCGGCUCGUUGCGCCGUUUCUUAUACCACAAACCGAGAAACAUCUGUCCAAAUAAGUGAUUCUGUACGUGGAAAAGACAUAUACAUUAUUCAAACUGGUUCAAAAGAUGUAAAUAAUAAUAUAAUGGAACUCUUGAUCAUGGCAUAUGCAUGCAAAACUUCUUCUGCCAAAAGCAUUGUUGGAGUUAUUCCUUAUCUACCCUACAGUAAACAAUGUAAAAUGCGAAAACGUGGUUCUAUUGUAUCCAAACUUUUGGCAAAGAUGUUGUGUUCGUCAGGCUUAACUCAUGUGAUUACAAUGGAUCUUCACCAGAAAGAAAUUCAAGGUUUUUUUGAAUGUCCAGUCGACAAUUUGAGAGCAUCACCAUUUCUUUUACAGUAUAUUCAAGAAUGUAUCCCUGAUUAUCGUAAUGCAGUGAUUGUUGCAAGAAAUCCCGGAUCAGCAAAAAAAGCUACAUCAUAUGCUGAACGUUUACGUUUAGGAAUUGCUGUUAUUCACGGAGAACAGAAAGAAUCUGAUUCCGAUAUGGUUGAUGGAAGAAAUUCUCCACCACCAUCAUCGUCUCGUUCAAGAACGAUGGAUGUUGGAGUAGGAGUACCACAGCAUCCAGCCAAAGAAAAACCUCCUAUUAAUGUAGUGGGAGAUGUUGGUGGCCGAAUAGCUAUUAUGGUGGAUGAUAUGGUAGAUGAUGUUGCAUCGUUUGUAGCUGCUGCUGAAGUAUUGAAAGAACGUGGUGCAUAUAAAAUUUAUGUUCUAGCUACUCAUGGUCUUUUAUCUUCUGAUGCUCCAAGACUUAUUGAAUCUUCGCCAAUUGAUGAAGUGGUUGUGACAAAUACAAUUCCUCAUGAAAUUCAAAAAAUGCAAUGCCACAAAAUCAAAACGGUGGAUAUAAGUAUUUUAUUAUCAGAAGCUAUUCGCAGAAUUCAUAAUAAAGAAUCCAUGUCAUAUUUAUUUAAAAAUGUCACAUUAGAAGACUAAAAUAUUUUGAAUUGUUAAUACAUUACUUAAUUGUGGUAAAAUGAAGAACAUAACAAAUUAAAUAUUAAACUAAUAGAAUUCCAAACACUGAUUUAUUAACUUGAGUAUAAUAUUUUGGAUAUAAGUAUCAAUUAAGUAUAUUUCAAAUGAGUAUAUCAAAUAUCGCCUUUUCUUAAAUACACCUUUUGUUUAUAACCCUUAUUUACUAAAUGAAUAUGAAGAAAAUACAUUAUUAUUUAAAACAACUUACACAUUAAGAAUGUUAAUAAUUUCAUAAUUAUUCAGAUGGAUUUUUGUGCCAUUAUAUUUUUAAAUAUUCAUAUCCAAUGAUAAGAUGUAAUUACUUAAAUUUAUUUUAGGAAUGUCCUCAACAUUUUCAUAAAUUUAAGAGAAGAUCAACAUCAAUUUGACAUUAAUGUUAAAUACUUAAAAAUAUCAGUAUGUUUACAAGUUUGGUGAUUAAUAUUGAAUGUAUUUCAGCUCUAUUGAGUAUUCUCAAGUAGUUAUUAGUCACAGUUUAUAAAUGUAUGUGUUGAUAAUUAUUACUAAGCAUUAAAUACCAAUUUUAUAAAUUA